AUGGGUGCGGUCCGCGGGCGCCUGUGCGUCGCCAGCGUGGUCGCCGCGCUGCUGCUCGCCGCCGUCUCGUCGGCUGAUGCGCAGCGGAAGUACCGGGUCGGGGCUCUGGCGACCAGAGGGCUGACUAGCCUCAAUGCGGAGUUCUCGCCCACGUUCCAGGACUACCUGACCAGCUCUGCGGGGCAGGUCCUCAACGCGACCUUCGAGCUGGUCCCGGUGACGUUCUCGGACUCGUUCGCGCUGGUGGAGGACCAGGACCCGGCGACGCGGCUGGACUUCGUGUUCACGAACCCGAGCCUGCACACCUGCCUCGAGUCGGAGUUCUCGCUGGCCACGCUGGUGACUUUGGUGAACUUCCGCACGGCGCUGGACGGCUCGAGGGUGGAGCUGGGGGAGUUCGGCGGCGUGAUCUUCAAGAGCCGCAACCGCACGGACAUCCGCACGCUGGAGGACGUGCGCGGCAAGGUCCUCGAGGCGGUGUCGAUCACGGCGCUCGGGGGGUGCAAGAUGCAGUGGCGCAUGAUGGCCGAGCGCGGCCUGGUCUUCCUGGACGACCCCGCGCAGGUGCGGUUCGCGUACGACGACUUCAAGGUGGUGCUCGACGUGAUCCAGGGCGACGCGGACGUGGGCUUCGUGCGCACGGACGUGAUCGAGUCGAUGGCGCGCGACGGCCGCAUCGACUUCGCGGACAUCGAGGUGCUGGAGCGCAACGACGCGGCGAUGGCGGGCGGGUUCCCGUUCCAGGUGUCGACGCCGCUGUACCCCGAGUGGGGCGUGGGCGUGCUCCCGCACGUGCCGCGGGAGGUCUCCGUCGCGGUGUUCCAGGCCCUCAUGGCCCUGAACAAGACGCAUCCCGCGGCGGUGGCGGGCAAGUACGCGGGCUGGGGGCUCCCGGAGAGCUACAUGGCGCUGCGGAACCUGCAGGACGACCUGAACUUCAUCUCCGACGGCGCGUGCACGCGCACCAGCCAGCUGUACGAGAGCGUCGUGUGCCCGCCCGGGUUCGCCAAGAAGUCGCGCGAGGCCGUGCAGGCGGCCUGCGCGCUGGCCAACCGGCCGUGCCCCGCGGGCUACGACUGCGUGUGCGACGCGUGCGCCGCGGUGCCGGAGGCCCCGUUCACGGUGCGCGGCUCCGUCACGCGGAGCGGCAGCAGCGUGCGCACCUGCAGCAAGAUGCGCAUCUGCAUGGUCGCCGAGCAGCGGGAGGAGUUCCAGGUCAGCGUCGUGGACGAGAUCGCCGACCUGCACGAGCAGCUGGACGUGCCGUACCCCGUGGACGUCGAGAUCCGCGUCCGCGCGGGCAACGACCUGAUGUGUGUGCGCCCAGGGGCGGAGCUCGGCCCCUGCCCGGACGGGACCGAGCGGCGGCUCCGCAUGCUCAGCGCGCAGCGGGGGCGCGAGGUGACGCAGGCGGGGCGCUCCGCGACGCUCCAGUGGCGGUCGCGCGAGGUGGCGUUCGCCCUGCCCACCACGGGCACCGUGGUCAUCCAGCUCUUCGUGGACGGCGUGGAGGUGAGCCAGUCGCCGUUCCUGGCCGUCGUCGAGCCGCGAGUGUGCGCCUCGGAGGUGCCGGGGUCGAUCGCGAACGCCGCGGGCGAGUGCGUGUGCGCGGAGGGGCGGUCCUUGUCCUCGGACGGACUACGCUGCCUGGACGGCCGCUCGGCGCUCGACCGCGUCGGCGGGAUCGCAGGGCUCGUCCCCAUCAUCAUGAGCUCCGCGUUGGUCGCGAUCGCGGUCGCCGUCGGCCUGGCGAUCUUCAUGAACCGGGCCAAGAGACGCCUGCGGUGGACCAUCAAGUUCCGCGAACUGGAGUUCGACAACCCCCCGGCCGUCCUGGGGAUCGGAACGUUCGGCCCCGUGCUCAGGGCGCGGUACCGGGGCGUGGAGGUGGCGGUCAAGCGGAUCUCGGAGGUGCGGGAGGGGCGCCCGGCGGGGCAGGUGCAGGCGGUGUUCGACCGCGUGCAGCUGAGCGACAACUCCACGCUCCGGGCGGCCGUCGAGGACACCUCUGCCGCGCACGGGCCAGACAAGCGCUCCCUGUUCCGCCCACUCAGCCGCGGAGUCAGCACGGACGCGGCACAUGCGGGAGGGCCGGCGUCGAUGUCCGGCCCGACGCGCAGCGGGCUACGACCGGCGCUGGCCCAGGCGUCGUGGGCCGCCGACCCGACCGUCGACGCGCGGAGGAUGUCUGUCUCUAUCGCCAACCCUCGGCCGCUCCUCGACGCCCUGCGUCCCCACGCCGCAAUCCAGGUCUUGCCGCCCAAGCUAGCACAGCAGGAGAGCAAAUCGUUCAGCGCUCCGCACAAGAAGGUUACAUUCGCUGGCCCGAUGGAGCGCAAAGGGGCCUCAAAGGCCGCGUCGUUCAACGUCGAAGACCCAGUGACCACGGAGCACGCGCGGCCGAGCGGCCUGUUCGGCGCGAAGGUGGGCGACUGGCUGGCGGGCGCGCACCACCCCGGCGGGCGCGCUCGCAAGGCGCCGGUGCUCCACAGGCGCAGCGACCUGAAGGGCGCCAUGGACCUGCGCCACCCCAACGUCCUGAGCAUCUUCGGCGCCGUGCUGGACGAGGACCAGCCGCUGCUGGUGAUGGAGAGCCCCGAGAUCGGCUCGCUCUACGACAUGCUGCGCAACCCGCAGAUGCACACGGGCGGCGAGGGCCUGCUCACCAUCCUCAAGGACGUGGCGUGCGGCAUGACGUACCUGCACUCGUUCGAUCCGCCCGUGCUGCACAACGACCUGAAGAGCAUGAACGUGCUCGUCGACCGCAACUUCCGCGGGAAGGUCGCCCCGAGCCUGACCACGCUGAGCCGCGGCAGCCAAAUGGACGUGGGCUCCCCGCUCUGGAUGGCGCCCGAGCGCCUGCGCGGGGAGCCCGCGACGCCGGCGAGCGACGUGUACUCGUUCGGCGUGCUGGUCGCGGAGACCUACUCGCGGCAGCUCCCCUUCCAGGACGAGGGCGACGCGCUGCAGGUGCUGGCGCAGGUGGCCGACCGGGACCACAGCCCGCCGCGGCGGCCGCGCCUGGACCGCUCGAUGCCCGCGCCCGUGCGCGACCUGGUCGCCGAGUGCCUGCACAAGAACCCCGGGCGCCGCCCCACGUUCAAGGAAGUGGGGGCGCGCCUGGCGGACAUGGAGUCGUCGACGCUGACGGAGACCCUGCAGCUGGCGCGCGCGACGCUGGACUCCCGCUUCAGCAACUUCCCGCCGAGCGUGGCCGCCAAGCUGGCCGAGGGCGGGAAGGUCGAGCCCGAGCACUACGAGUGCGUCUCCGUGCUUUUUGCAGACAUCGUCGGGUACACCGACAUGUGCUCGAAGCUGCCGAGCUCGGCCGUGUCGGCCAUGCUCGAGCGCGUCUUCUCCAAGCUCGACGCCCUCGCGGCGCAGCACGAGGUCUUCCGCGUCGACAUCAUCGGCGACUGCUACAUCGUGGCAGGCAACCUGGUGACCAAGUGCCACGACCACACCGCGCGGACCUGCCGCUUCGCCAUCGACGCGGUGCGCGCCGCCGCGGAGGAGCAGGUCGACCCCGAGCAUCCCGACCUCGGCCACGUGCGCCUCAGGGUCGGGAUCCAUCUGGGCCCCGCCACGGGCAGCGUCAUCGGGGGGCGCGGGCGGCCGCGGUACUCGCUGUUCGGCGACACCGUCAACGUCGCGGCGCGCAUGGAGUCGCUCUCGCGCGCCGGCUGCAUCCAGGUGACGGAGCAGGUCGUGCACGCCGCAAGAGACCCGGGGGAGUGGCUCAAAGGGCAGGGCACGAAGCUGGGCGGGCCGUCGACGCGCCGCAUCUCGCUGCGUCCGGACCCCCGGAGCUCCAUCGGGGACCCGCCGCCGUCGAGCGAAAGCCACACGCCGCAGGGCCCCCCCCUGGUCUUCCGCAAGCGCGGCAACAUCGAGGUCAAGGGCAAGGGCCUGCUGCCCACGUACUGGCUGAUCGCGCCGUUCGCGGUGAACCCGGACGACGUGCCAGAUCACAGCACGGCGGGGAAGUAG